GCGGCUGGAGGGACAGUGAGCAGCAGCGGGAGCUGGGUACAGGUACAGGGACAGGGACAGAUUUGGUUGCAACAGCUGAGAGGUUGCCACUCCCCCCGCAGCGGCAGCUGUGCUGCGCCAGUCAGCCUCGGCCAAAGAGAAGCGAGAACCUCCCCGACUCCGGAGUACCGGAUAGCCUUCUGUGGAGAAAAGUAACAUCACCCAGGAGCAUCGAUGUAGUUGUGCGGAAAUGCACUGGUAACAUCGUCAGGAUUACAAAGUCCGAGGAUUGGAAGGGGAGAGUUAGAGGCAAAGUGCACGGAGCUCCCCCGAAGGGAGAGAGAGGGAGCCACCGGGCGCCCGUGCCUGGAGAACUGGGUUGAAAGCUCACUUAGUAAAUGUGGUGGCCCAGUUUGGUGCUUGUUAUUGCACUGGAUCGAGAAGAACCGUGGAAAUGUUGGCAAGGGGAAACAUUUCACCUUCUUGCUCUGUGAAAACAAGAAACUGUUGAAUUCCUUUGCGAGAUAUAACUCCGUGCGGUCCUCAGUGUGUGAGGAUGGGGAGUGAAGUCUACCUGUUGUUCGGUUUGCUGCUUAAAGCGUGUUUCUGACCAGGUUGUCUCUGUUCAUUCCCCCACCCCCACCCCACUGAUCUCGGAACUUUUGAUGAAGAUAUUUCAGAAGAGGCCAAUCUGUGGUUUGGAGCUUUGUGCCUGUUCGCCGUCUCUUUACACUUGCUGCCCUGUCCAUUGUCUGGGCUGAACCGGUUGCGUGGGACUGAAGAUGGGGAGGUGCGUGCUGUCUCCCGGCGGCCUCCUCCUGGUGCUGGGCGCUUUGCUGCCGGCUCCGGCUCCCGCCAGUGCCAGCGGCGAGUAUUGCCACGGCUGGCUGGACUCCCAGGGCAGCUGGCACGGCGGCUUCCAAUGUCCCGAGCGCUUCGACUCCGGCUCGGCCACCAUCUGCUGUGGCUCUUGUUCCCUGCGCUACUGCUGCUCCAGCACCGAGGCCAGGCUUGACCAGGGCCACUGUGACAACGAUCAGCCGGCGGGAGGCAGCGACGACCAAAGCGGCAGCGAGGGCAGAGACAGCAGCAACUCCUCGGCAGUGCCGAUCUACGUGCCUUUCCUCAUUGUUGGCUCUGUGUUUGUGGCCUUUAUCAUCAUUGGCUCGCUCGUGGCAGCCUGCUGCUGCAAAUGCCUCAAGCCCAAACAGGAGCCACAGCAGAGCCGAGCCCCAGCAGGAAAUCGCCUGAUGGAAUCUAUCCCUAUGAUCUCAAGCUCUGGCAAUCCCAGAGGAUCCUCAUCACGGCAAUCCAGCACUGCUGCGAGCUCCAGCUCCAGUGCCAACUCAGGGGCCAGGGGUCCCCCUCUGAGAACACAGACAAACUGCUGUCUACCAGCAGAAGGGGCAAUGAAUAAUAUAUACUUGAAUAUGCCACCUAAUUUCUCAGUGAUGAAUUGCCAGCAGGCUCCACAGAUCAUGCCGCAUCAAGCUCAAUUUUUACACCCUCAGUAUCUGGGGUUUGCAGUUCAACAUGACUCUUUAGCAAUGACCCCCACUCCUCCUUUCAUGGAAGGACUGCAGAACGGUUACCGACAAAUACAGACCUCCUUCCCUCACGGCAGCUCAAAUACCGAACAGAUGGUGUACACAACAGUAACUGUAUAGAAAGAUACCAAUGUAUUUUUUACAUAUAACUGCAACGCGGAGGUUAUCUAUUUGAAUUCUCAGAAACAGAACGGGUUGAGACUUUUGUAAGCAAUUUGUUUUGUCAAAUUUUCUCAGAUAAGAUUUUAAAAAAAUAUUAAGAAGUGUGUGUGAAAAAGGUGUUUUAGAAUUUGCUCCAUUGUUGAUGCUUCCUCUUGAUGCUCCUGGGUGCUUAAGGCAGCUAAUUUGAUACUUGUCACAGUACCUGGUUGUUAGUGCUACAACAGGCAAUGAUCCUUGGAGCAACAGAUGGGGUUUGUGUUGCUCAUAUGUCAUUGCUGGAAGUACUUGAUGACCAGGACUAUAUAAUGCACCAUAUGUUGUGAAUACACAGUCACUGUUGCCCACUGAUGACUUCUAUCUCACUGGAAACUGUGGAUGCACAUGGUCAAUACUGUCUCAUUAAUAGAUAUGGAAGUUUAUGAAGUCAAUCCUGUUCCACUGCUUACUGUGAGAAUACGCAGCAGCUAGUGUUUCUGCUUUGUUGAUCACCAGGUAGAGUUUGGAUUGUGUCUGGUCUGUAAAAUAUUAUUCUGGUGGUCAUUUGAUUAGGCAAAUACUACAAGUGACCACACUGGUUGGUUAUAACCACUCAAUGAAAACAAUUCUGUAUCAUAAAACCAUGCACUUAUCAUCUAGAACAUCCUACACAAGCUGGCCUCAACUGUGCUCUACUCAAAAAUGGAAAAGCUAUUCUUAUUAAGAAUAAAAAUACAUCCAGGGUUCACCAUAUUUGUUGAACAGAAUCAUGAUUAAUUCCAAAAAGUAGCAGGCAAAGUUCAAUGUGAGAUGCCACAAUUUUGACUAUAACUUUUUACUGGGUAGUUUGUCAAAAUAUGGUCUUGUAAGCUAAGAAAUGUGGUCUUUGGUUAAAACAAUGGAAAAACAUGGUAUUUACAUGGCCAAUUUUGAUAAAUGCAAUUUAUCCAGGAAUAGUGGAAAGUACCAUUAUCUUUCAUCAAAUUCCUCACCUAAUAAUCAGCUUAGUUUUAGGGGUGCACAGUCACCUUUCAUUACCUAAAUAUUGUCCAAAAUUCUCAAUAAAAUAUUUAAAAGAAUUCCAAAACCAAUCACAAACAUAAAAGAAUUUGAAAUUGUACUAUAAAUAGUAUGCAAGUUGCAGCAUGCAUGCACUUUGAUAUUGAGGGAUAUGUACAGUUUCUAUGAAAGAACAUCUUGUAUGCUGCUUUAUCACGCCAAAUGAAUAAAGCAUAGACAAAUGUACAUCUUCAAUAUUGCAAUUUAUUCCAGAUUUUGUAACAAAAUAUGAAUCUGAUCCAUUUAGCUCUGAACUUGUAAAGUAUAGCUCAGUUAAUUAAUAGUACUCUCACCUUUGAUUUAAAAGGCUGUGAGUUCAAGUCACCCUCUAGAAACUUGAGCAUAUUUCAAGCUGACAGUCCAGCAAGACAACACUGUUGUAGAUGUCACCUUUUGGAUGAAGUGAAAGAUCCUAUGAUGUUAUUUCAAGGUGCAAGGCAGUAAUCUCCAUUAACUUGUCCAAUAACUAUUUCUCAAUUAAUACCUUGCUGAUUUUAGGAACUUGCUGUGAGCAAAUUGGCUGCUGCACUUCAAAAGUUACAACAGUGACUGUACAUCAAACAAUACUUCAUUGAUACUGGGGCAUCUGUAAUUCUUGACACUACAAAUGAUAGGCAUCUUUUAGUUCCCUUAAGGAUAGCGUUUAGAUAUUCAUGUCAUUGAUCAAAAGUUUUUAUCAAAUUAAUUAAGGUUUGUGAGAUCAAUUUUUCCACUUAUGAGGGUGUGUAAUAAAUUCCUUUUAUACCCAAAAUGAAUUGUUUGCAUUGAAAGUGUGUAAACAGCAAGAAAAUCUAAUGAUAGCUGUGAAAAAAAAAUGACAAAGUGAACAAUACAAUUGAACUUGUAUACCUGGGAAUCGA